AUCUCCCUUAAACAAAAUCUGUUGACAUUAGCGACAAAAUGGCGAUCAAGCUGAUAGAUUUAACAAAACAACAAGAAAAAUGUUCAUUUACAGAGUCUACUCCAGAAGAAAUAGCUUACGCUGAAACAUUUUGGCAAUCUAUAAAGCUUCAACCAACAAUGGAAUCUCGUCUUGUAUCUUCUGAUAUCAAACAGAGACUAGGAAUAAAAAAGCACUCAUCAAAAUCAAGUAUAGAAACUGUACAUAAAGGAAAAAUUGAAGAUCAAAAGCUCCAGCAAGUGUUUACAAGAGCUCACGCUUAUGACCAGUUAAGAGAGUUUGCUCGGCUGCGAGAACUGGCAGAGGCCCGUAACAAAGAGAGGGAAACAUUGCACAGGAGGAGAGAUGAGAGAAUAAAGAAAGAAGCAGCUAUUAAAGAAAAAGUUAAAAAAUCUGGCAAGACAAAAGAUGAUGAGAAAGAAAUAGAACCCAGCCCUAAGUGGAAAAUCGGAGAGGCCUACAGCAUUCAUGAAAUGUAUAAAGACAUAGCAGAGUUUGAUGAGAAGAUUGAGAAGGUUGAGGCAGAACGCAAACGCAAGAGACAAUACAUCAUGGAUGUUCUUUGUGCCACUAUUGUUAAGGACACCAAGGAGAAGAAUCCCGUCAAAGAGGAGUUGAUGAGGAAAAAAAGUAUAAAAAUUUGGAGGCCAAGUUCCUAAGCCAGGAUGUGAUCAAAUAUUUGUUGAUAAAAUCGCAUUAAUAAUAAGAACAUAUUUUAAACAAUCUCUUACAGUGAUGCUGUUUAUGAGUGACAGGCUAGUAUAAACUUUCAGUGAAAAAUUAUUUUUUCCAAGCCUUACCUGAUAAUAAUAAAUAAGUAUUGUACAUCUUUAUAUCCUGGUUAUACAGUAUACUUACACAUUUUUUUUUGGUUUACUUUACUUUGCAGUAGGAUUUAAUCAGUUUUACCUUAAUGUUGAUACCAAGUGAAGUAAAAUAUGUAUAAUUUAAAUUUUAAAGCAUCUAUAUUUUUAACAAUGAAUUACCAGUUUUGUAAAACUCUUUUGCUGGAAAUACAUCUGGAAUUAAUGUAUUUUGUCUUCAGCUUAAAAUGAAAGUGAUGACACUGUUGAUUUUAGGAAUGAAAACCUGUUUUUUAAACAUUGCUAAGUAAUUACAUCCAUAUUUACAUUUUAAUAUUCAAAGGGAUGGGAAAAGUUUUUCUUAGAAAAUCUGGUGUUUCUCUGUUGCUAUGUUGUAUUGUGGGUGAUCACUGCUUGAUUUUAGAUGGUGGCUGAACAUUGCUAUGUAUACGUUGUGUAUCUAAUGUACAACACCCCCCCCCCCCCACACACACACACACACAUGGACACCAUGAAUAACGACUGUCUCACUCUGCCAUGUUAAAGCUGUGGCCAUCUGCGCACCCAUGUCAAUCACCAUGUUUUUAGUUUCAAAAUAAUAGAGACAAAACAAAACCACAAUUUCACGGGAAAUCCUCCCCCCCCCCCCUUUUUUUUUUCCUAAACCUAACAAAAU